GAGUCAAUUUCAUAUGGACAUGAAAUGUAUCGUAAAAAGUAAAACAUGCCAAAAAGGGUUCCAUAAUUAAAUAAGAACUGUUUUAAAGAGAAAUAAAAUAAUUCAAAAUGACUGCCCCAAACGUAAUAUUUCAACCCAUAGUAAGCAACAUCCAGAAAAUUGUUGUUUAUGAAACUAAAAAUCAAUACAUAUUAAUUGGUUCAAUAAACACUCAAAAUCGAUUUCGUGUUUUAAAAAUCGAUCGGACUGAACCCAAACAAUUACUAAUUUGUGACGAUAAAGUCGAUUAUACACAAGAUGAAAUCCAUAAAAUUGUUAAUAUGAUCGAAAUGGGAAAUCGUUCACGAUUAGGUCAACGAUCGAACAGUAUAACUGGUAGUUCGAAAAUUAUUUCGGCAUUUGGUAUUGUAGGAUUUAUUCGUUUUCUUGAAGGUUAUUAUAUAAUUCUCGUUACAAAAAGGCGGCGAAUUGCUGCAAUUGGUUUGCACACAAUUUAUAAAAUUGAAGACACUUGUAUGAUAUACAUUCCUAAUGAAACUGUUCGAAUUGUACAUCAAGAUGAACCGCGAUAUGUAAAAAUGUUCCAAAAUAUCGAUUUAUCGAGUAAUUUUUAUUAUAGCUAUAGUUACGAUAUUACUCAUACUUUACAACAUAAUAUGUCCCCUCCACGAUACGUUCAACCAAAUUAUUUAAAAAAAGACGUAAAAUUUUCGUCUGGAGAUAAUGAAAAUAAUAACGUAGAAGAUGCUAACGAACAAACAAGUUUAGACUGGAUUUUUCCUCAAGAAAAACCAAAUGAUUACGAUAGAAUCCAAGUUUAUGGCAUUAGGCAUAAACCAAAUAGAAAAUUUGUUUGGAACACAUAUCUACUUUCAAAUGUAGAAUCAGAAUUGCAUCCUGCUUGGGUAAUAUACAUCGUACAUGGUUUUAUCGACCAGUCAAAUAUAUCGGUUUUUGGACGCUCAAUUUACAUAACAUUAAUAGCACGUCGAUCAAAUAAAUAUGCGGGGACAAGAUUUUUAAAACGGGGUGCAAAUUUUGAUGGAGAUGUUGCAAAUGAAGUAGAAACUGAACAAAUGGUACAUGAUUCUGGUGUUUCAUCUUUUGUUCAUGGCCAUUUUAGUUCAUUUGUCCAAAUGAGAGGUUCAAUUCCAGGUCAUUGGAGUCAAGAUACCACUCGAAUGGUUCCGAAACCAACAAUUGCCAUUGAUUUAAAUGACCCGUAUUGUGAGACAGCCGGAGCUCACAUGAACGAAUUAUUUAAACGUUACGGAGCCCCCAUAAUUAUUUUAAAUUUGGUUAAAAAGAAAGAGAAAAAGAAACAUGAAAGUUUUCUGAGUGAAGAAAUGAGUGGAGCUGUUGAGUAUUUGAAUCAAUUUUUACCACCCAAACAUCAUAUUCAGUAUAUUAGUUUUGAUAUGGCUAGGAAAAAUAAAGGGAGAGUUGCGAAAGUUAUGGGAAUGUUAGCGACGAUAGCUCAUGAUGCCGUUAUGAAAACUGGAAUUUAUACGAAUCAUCCUCCUUACUAUAGUCAAAAAGCUGAUACCAUAAUUGGUAGUCCGAAUCAAUCGUUAAAUAAUGGACGUCUUCAAAUGGGAAUAAUUCGUACAAAUUGUGUUGAUUGCCUAGAUCGAACCAAUACCGCGCAAUUUGCUAUUGGAAAAUGUGCUUUAGGAUUUCAGCUAUGUGCGUUGGGUAUUUUGGACACACCAAAAUUAGAAUUCGAUUCAGAUUGUGUACGAAUGUUAGAAUGUUUAUAUGAAGAUCAUGGUGACACUCUUGCAUUACAAUAUGGAGGAUCACAACUAGUCCAUCGAAUUAAAACAUAUCGAAAAACUGCUCCAUGGACAUCGCAAGGAAAUGAUAUAAUGAAUACUUUAAGUCGAUAUUACAGUAAUACAUUCUCCGAUGCUGAAAAACAGAAUACAAUUAAUUUAUUUUUGGGAUUAUUUAUACCACGAGAACAAAGUCCACCAAUUUGGGAAUACAUUACAGAUUAUUAUAUGCAUCAUCGUCAAACUAUCAAUUAUACUCCAAAUUUUACAAUACCAAAAACUCAAUGGUGGGAACCGGAUGUUUUAAAAGGUUUACCAAAACCAUAUAAUGAUAUAACUCGAGGUGUUAUUGAAAUUAUACAAAUUCACAAUCGAGACGCUGAAAUGAUUGACGCUUAUAUUGAUUAUCAUCGUUUAAACGAAGUUACUCCGAUGAAUGAACAUUUCGCGUAUAAAAUGAGUAAUUCAGUACGCGAUUUUAUGCCCAAUUUAACCGUCGAUUAUAGUCCAUUUACACCACGUGUGCGACCCGGUAGGCGUAGAGAGGAAACAGGAAAGAAAGGUGAAACUAUGAAAAAUCCUUCUUUAACUGGACAAAGUUCACAACCAUCCGAUUCAAGUUCAAGUGAAGAUAGCGAGAUAACAGACGACGAGACAAAUGGAAUUCAAACAGAGUCUCAAAAUAGUGGUUCAAAAAGUAGUUUCUCAACAACAUUCACAUUUGAGUCAUUAUUUCCAUCAAUGCGUCAAGUUUAUGGAACCGAGCCGGAAUAUCCUAAAAGACCGGAUAUAUUACUUUACAAACGGUAUGUGCUAGUUGGUCAAAAAGCAAAUGGAACAACACAUUCAAGUAGUGUACACCUUUCGAAAUCAAUUAAAUUGUUUCAAAAAACUACCUUACCACCCGAUUCAUGUUUUCAAGUUAGAACUCCUGUUGUAACAACGAAUGCUGUAAAUAUUUACGAACAAUAUGUUAAUAAAGGGAAAUUUAGAGGGAUUGUAUGUAAUCCUACAGAUUAUUCUAUGUAUUCUAAGUAUGCUCGAAAUGAAUUUACAUGUAAAUAA